UGCGUCAUCCCCUUGAUAUGCGUGCGUUAAAUAUACGAAGCUCUUUCGUGUGGUCGAUUGUUUGACGCUUGCAUGAAGCUACUCUACUCAACCGACCGACCCGGCCCAGGAUUAUUUGGCUGCGAUAUAUGAAGAUGGGGGCUUGGAUUAGCGCCAAACACCGGGCGAUUCUUGUUCUUGUUGUUCUCGUCCUCGUCGGAAGCUGCUGCGCGGAGCCUUCGCCGGCGGCAGAUGAGCAGAGCGAGCGCGCCGGCGGGAGGAGGAGGAGGCGGUCGUCUGCGGAGGCGGCAGCUGCGGCUGUGAUGGUGCCCAUAACUCUCCUCAAGUCCGCCGUCGAUGAGGGAGCCGUAUGCAUGGAUGGAACACCCCCAGCUUACCACUUGGAUCCUGGCUCCAGAGAAGGAAACGACAGUUGGAUUGUAAACCUAGAGGGAGGCGGGUGGUGCAACAACGCGAGGACGUGCCGGUUUCGCAAGGGAACCCGCCACGGCUCGUCGGAUCACAUGGAGAAGCAGAUCGCCUUCACCGGCAUCAUGAGCAGCAGCCCAGCCGACAAUCCUGAUUUCUACGACUGGAACCGGGUAAAGAUUCGGUACUGCGACGGCGCAUCCUUCGCCAGCGACGGCUUCGACAAGGACAAUGGGUUUUACUUCCGUGGUCAGCGCAUCUGGGACGCCGCCAUCCGGCACCUCCUCUCCAUUGGGAUGGCCUCUGCAGAUCAGGUGCUGCUCACCGGCUGCUCCGCCGGCGGCCUGGCGGCGAUACUGCACUGCGACGAGUUCCGCGCCUUCUUCCCGCCUGCCACCGCAGGCGGUGGCCGGGGAACCACGGUGAAGUGCCUCGCCGACGCCGGCCUGUUCCUCAACGCCGUGGAUGUCUCAGGGGGCCGCAGCUUGAGAUCCUACUACUCGGACAUCGUGGCCUUGCAGGGCGUAGCUCCCAACCUGCCGGCUGCUUGCACCGAUCAUUUGGACGCCACCUCGUGCUUCUUCCCUCAAAAUGUAAUAGAUGGUAUAAAGACGCCGAUCUUCCUGCUAAAUGCAGCAUACGAUGCCUGGCAGAUUGAGGAGAGCCUGGCCCCAAAUAGAGCUGACCCCAGCGGCGCCUGGCAAGCCUGCAAGUUCAACCGCUCAGCUUGCAACGCAUCCCAGAUGAAAUUUUUGCAAGAUUUCAGGGACCAGAUGGUAGCAGCCGUGCAGGGCUUCUCCCACUCAAAGGCCAACGGGCUGUUCAUCAACUCGUGCUUCGCGCACUGCCAGUCCGAGCUGCCGGCCACCUGGAACAACGCAGCAGGAGGCUCCCCUGCCAUUCAAAACAAGGGGAUCGCAAAAUCAGUUGGCGACUGGUACUUCGACCGAGCUGAAGCGAAGGCGAUCGACUGCCCCUACCCCUGCGACACAACGUGUCGCCACAUCAUAUGAUGAGAAGAUCCUGUACCAAUGUGCUUUUGCAGAGUGUACAUCAUAUGCGUUCUCGAGAGAAUGCACAUCACAUUGAUUUGAGAAAGUAAUUGAGCAAGAAAUAGUAAAAUAAAUUGUUGGUCCUUAAACUU